AUGAGCGUCACAAAAGCCGGAAGAAAUCCUGGUUCUUUGCUCCUUCUCGUCGAAAAAACUCAGCUCGAGACUUCAAACGAUGACUCGUCAGAUAGCUCAGAAGAUGAGGAUGACAACAACGAGGAGACCAUCAAAGAACAUCAGCAAAUAAAAACGCAAAAUUUUUCGACGCAACAAAAACCGUGUCGCUUCAAGCCCGUGAAGCUCGUUCAUCAGCUCAAUGGAGGUCGCUGGACUGGGCAGGAUAAAACGCUCGAGCCUGGAUACCAAAUUCCAAACGCCUCGCGGGAGAAGAUGAUCAGACGGGUCAAGCGCGAAAUCAAGCAACAAAAACCGGCUACGGCGAAAAGUAGAACAGACAUCAAAAAGAUGAUCGAAACUCCAUCUUACCAAAUGUUCUCCGUGCUAACCGUCAUCCCCGAUUUCGCCAAACCAGUCGAGCCAGAACGAAAAAGCGCCGUCGCAUCUCCAGUGCAAUCCCCCCUCACCGUCGAAUCAGAAUCGCAAUCAACAACGAUUGACUUCAAUCUCGACAAUCUCGACGAAAAUGGCAAGAAAGUUUCGAGCUUUUUCGAUCAAAUGAAGGCGCAGACCUUGAGUCUAAUGAGCCAGUAUUCGAGGGAAAUCCAACAUUUGAGGGACAGCAUAAAUUUUUAUAAAGAAGAACUAGAGAUCGUCAAGAGCUUCAUGACCGAUGAGCAGAAAAUUCAACUAACACAACAGCUGGCAGAGCGAAAAGCCUACAGAUCUCGAACAACGUCCAUUUCUACCCACCCGCCAACUCCGAUGUCUAGCAGACAUGUGUCUUCAAGCAGUUAUACGUCCGACAAACAUUCAGUUCCAGCAAAUAACACUCUGCCUCAAAUGCAAAAUCAAACUCCCUUAUUUCAAUACUCACCCACUGAAACCGUUUUCCUCCCUCCACAGUAUCCUCCAACCCAUCAACCAACUGAAUAG